AUGUCCGGCGUCCAAGUCGUCCCCAUCCCGGCCUGCCCCAAGGGGCAACUGUGCGCCAGCGAGCGAUUUUGGUACAAGCUCCCGGCCGCUCCGAAUGCCGACGUCUGCUCGCGGUGCUACCAUGACCACCUGAGCCAGACGCCCUUUGCGGGCUCCUUCAAGCUUGACUACGAUGACUCCAUGACCGGCCGGUCUUGCGACUUUAGCACCCCGCACGUGCUCGCCGUGCUCCGGCAGGCCCUCGAGCAGGGCGACUUGGCCCCUCUGCGAGACUACAUCGUGCGGCGCAGCGGGAUCAAGCCGUGCAAGGGCGGCGGCAUCGGGGCCAAGGCCGAGGAGGGCUACACGUGGAGGCAGCUCCGGGACCCGAGCAUGGCGGGCAAGUUUGCCGCCUGCGCCGCGUGCUACGAAGACUACGUCGUACCCGCCGGCUUCUCGCCGCACUUUGAGGACGCUCCCGUCGCCCAGCCGCCCGACAGCCUCUGGAGCUGCGACAUCGGCUUCCCGUUCAUGGUGCGGCUCACGGAGCAGUGCCGGGACUGGAAGCAGGCGCUGGCGUGGGGCCUGCACCGCCUGCAGCUGCCCGUGUGCGGCGGCAUGAGCGAGGUCGACGGCGCCUCGAGGGCGUGGUACCAGCUGCGGGACCCCAAUCUAAAUUUACUGUGGGUGUGCGAGGCGUGCUUCCUCGACAUCGCCUCCAUGACCUUUGCAGACGGGCAGUUCUACCGGGUCCAGCACGCCCUGCCGCAGGGCACCAACAUCACCUGCUUCGCGGGCGGCCACGUGCCGCUGCGCAUCGCCCUCAACGUGGCGAUGGAGAGGCGGGACUUCAACAUCUUCCUCCGCGCCGCCUCGGCCAUCGUGCGCAGCCCGCCCUGCCGCCCGGGCGGCUUCCAGAGCACGUGGUACUCGCUGGUCCCGCCGGCGGAGGAGGUCGACGUCUGCGCCACGUGCUACGCGGGGCUCUUCGAGGCGACGGGCUUCGGCGGCGUGCUGGCGCCCAAGCCCGUCCCGGCCGCCGAGCCGAGGGCGUGCAACAUGCACGUCAGCACGCCCGGGUCCGCGGCCCUCCUCAAGCGGCUCGACGCCGCCAUCGACCGGCGCGAGCCGGCCGUCUUUGUCGACUUUGCCCGGCGCUUCUCCGAGGUGCCCGGCUGCCCCGGGGCGGCCGUCGUGACGGGCCGCCGCUGGUACCGGCACGACAUGUUCUCGUGCUGCCCGGCGUGCUGGCUCGAGGCGCCCAUCGAGGGCACGGCGCUGGCGGGCGCCGCCUUCCCCGUGCGCGACGCCCUCGAGCCGGGCCACCUGCGGUGCGACUUCUACUCGGCCCGGGUGCGCGGCCUGUGGCGCUCGGCCUGCGCCCAGGACGACCUCCCCGGCUUCGUGGCCUUCAUGGCGCGCCGCCUCGAGGUCUGGAAGCAGACGUACCCGGCGAUCCAGCGCGCGCUGGCGCAGAUGCGCCUCAACGCCGAGCGGCAGGCGACGCUGCUCAUGAGCUCGACCAUCCUCCACGGCGCCAACAACAUCUCGGCGCUGGCGGGCGCGCACGGCAACUACGGCGGCGCGGGCGUCGGGUGGGGGUACGAGACGGUCGCCGGGGCGCAGGGGGCGGCGGACUGGAACCAGGCCAUGGGCAUGUACUCGGCCAGCGCCGGGCCGGCGGCGGUGAUUGCGCAGAUGACGGGGCUCUGGGAGAGCGUUGAGUGA